CGUAUACACUGCGUAUUUUUAUCUCUUCGUGGUAACCUAACCUUUAAAUUUUUAUUCAACCAAGAAUUUAAUUUGUAUUAUUGUAUUACUCGUAUGUACAUACAAAACAACAUGGCUUGCGAAGCUUGUCAUGUAAAAUUCAGCCUUUUUACCCGUAAGAGACAGUGUACAGAUUGCUUGAGAUAUUUUUGUUCUGAAUGUGUAAUCAAACGGUUAGACAAAGUAUUGAGUUGCGACAGUUGUAGUCUAUUGUCGCGAAGGCCAUUAAUACGAAGUCAAAUUGUACAAAUAUGUUCCAAAAACUUGCGUAAAUAUUUGUUGGCUAAAAAAAUACCAAUUAAUGGAUGUAUAGAGAAAGAAGAUUUAAUAAAGUUAUUGAUGGUAUAUGCUAAUAACAGUAGUGAUUAUUCUGGUACAGAAAAUACAGUUAACCCAAACACAGAAAAUAUUGGAUCAACAACUGUAAAUCGUGAACACACUGAUCAAUUUCAAAAUGUAACAUAUGAAACUAAUGCCAGGAGAAGCGAUAAUAGCGAAACCGAUACAACCUCUAGAAUUAAUUUUCCUUUAAGCGACAGAAGAGAACCAGUCGAUUCGGAAGAAGGAAAUUCUGAUUCAUUCAAAGAAAUUCUUACGAAUCCUGUAAAAUUAUCUGAUAUAAAUACGUUAUCGGAAUUGGAAUAUUUAAGCGUGAAGCAACUGAAAAAUUUGUUGAGUACAAAUCGAGUGAAUUAUAAAGGUUGUGUCGAAAAACACGAACUAUUGGAUAAAGCUUCUAGGCUGUGGAAAGAACAUGAACGUUCAAGAAUAAGUGUGGAAAUCCCAGAUGAAAAUCUGUGUAAAAUUUGUUGGGAUGAACCAAUAGAAUGUGUGAUUUUGGAAUGUGGUCACAUGGCUUGUUGCCUACAGUGUGGCAAACAAAUGUCAGAAUGUCCUAUAUGUAAACAAUACAUAGUACGAGUAGUACGAUUUUUUAAAGCUUAAUCCCCCACAUAAGACUAUCAUAUCGUUAACAUUUAAGGUAUAUAUAUAUUUCAACAGAAAAAUGUCGAUGAAUUCACCUAUUUUAACGUUGAAGCACGCUUUCAAAUAUGGAGAUCAAAAACAUUUUAAUUUAUUACAUUUAUAAUAUCAAAUAUCUGUACAUAUUGUACAUUAUGUACAUGUACUGUUUCCGUUCUAAAUUUACUGAAAUUAAGUUAACACAUUCGCAUCAGGGAACGAGAAUCCUUUUUUUACCCCGAUUUAUAUGAAAAUUUUGAAAAACAUAGCCCGAUGCAAAUGUGUUAACUAAAAUCGACGACCCAACUGUCAUAACCUCCCUUUCUGAAUAAAAAUUUACCAAGUCACUAUUUUGAA